AUGGCUCCAACUCUUCAACACCUGUUCCAUUCUCGCGAUUUCCAGCCCAGUGAACCCUCUGAUUCUUUUCGAGCAGAGUGGUCCAAUCCAUCAAAAUACGCUUUCACCGUUCUUCUCUUGGUUGGAGGCGACCUCAUCAAUCGUGCUUUAGCCCAGAUGGCCGGCGGCUGGAUUACGCCAGUGGCAUUUUCAUUCGAAGCCGAACGAUCCCCUAGUGCAAAUCAUCAGAUAGCUCGCCCAUCCCAAGCCGGUUUGGUUGUAAGUGUAUGGAAGCCUAGCAAAAUCCGCAAGCAUGGGGAGCCCGGUCAUGACUUUCUCCAUUGGUCUGGGUUAGUGGUGACUGUCAUACAAAUGGGGGUUGCAGCUAUUCCCCUUGGCCACGACGGCGAUUGGGGCGUGUUGAUGCUUACUGCCGUAGCUAGUGGUCUCUGCUAUACCACUGGAACGCGUGGUAACGGCGCUCAACAUUCCAUUGCCAUCGUCAGCGAGGGCCAUGGCCUAGAUUUGGAAUACCACUUGAUUUUGUAG